AUGCAUUCGCUACGGAGCAACAAACAAGAGGCUCGUGUUGAUAAUGACCCGCUUCAGGAAGUUGACUACUCAUACAACGUGCAGCAACUGCAGGCAGAAUUUCAUGUGUUACCUCCCUCUGAGGCGUACCGUGAGUUAUGUUUCCGUCAUCAAUGCAAGCCUAUAAACUCUGUUGCCAACUUGUUUUCUUCAUGUGUUGGUGAGUGGAACGUAACAACGCACUUAGAUUUUUCCCAGUCAUACAUUGGACCCAAAGGUGUGCGGCCUGUAGUUGAACUGUGCAAGCGUUUGCCCGCCCUCAAGUCAUUUAAUUGCGCAAAUAAUUAUCUCACUAACAAUGCGGUGUACUUCAUUUCGAGAAUGGCAGCGUUUCAUCCAUCAUUAGAGCGCCUUGAGCUUAGCUUCAACGAGUUUAUAUCAUGGACAGGUGGUAACUUUCUCUAUGAGCUGACACUAUGUAACAGUAACAUUAAAGAGGUGGGAGUUCUCCACACCAAGAUCCCACCAAAUGUAGCGGAGGAGAUAUUCCGGCAGUCACGCUGUAAUUGUGUCCUUGUGUAUCAGGCUAUGGGAAGACCACCGAAGCAAAGCAGCCAUCCAGAGGCGAUUCACUUGCGUGCGAUGAAGCGUUUCUUUAAUGACAUGCAGGAGAAUGGCACGGUUCCAGCUUCCGCUCUUGUUGAAGGUCACCGCGAGCGGUGCCGCAUACUUGGUGAGGCGUAUGAUGCGUCCAAAUACACAAAGGCUUUCUACGAUGAACUAAGUUCUCGUCUACCACAAGAUAAUAUUUCGUGGGAGGCUUUCAUCAUCACACUUAAGUUAGAUGGUAGCGUGUAUAACGAAGAGGCUGUGAAAAAACUUAGGCGGUUGUUCCUCGAAUUUAAUAUGGAACCAACCGCUGAACUAGAUGGCUUUGUGGAGGUGCGGGACCUCCCCGCUAUGUGCACACGUCUUAACAACGAACACGCACCUUCAACUGUAAUUAAGAAUAUGUGUGAUGUGCUGGGGCUAGAUGACACCAUGACACUGCAGUGGGAUGAGUUUCUGUCACUCAUGUACAAUAGCGUGGCAACAAACAUGGAGCACGGCGUCAACCUGCGCAUGGCAUCGCCGCAUUCGGCCGUGAAGAUGCUUCACCUUUGA